AUGGCCCGAACACCGGCAAAAGAAAUGCGACCGCGUGGUCCAUUCGUGAACCUUCUCACGACCGGAACCCUCAUCGCCCUCUCCGUCGUCGCCGCAUACUUGAUCCGGCUAGCUACCGUCAAAAGUGGCGUCGCCGAAGAUAUCGAGAAGAUCACGCAGACGCGUCGAUUCCUGGACCGUGACAUCGCGCUUCGAUCCGAUUACACGGGCAAUGCACUCGUCGACCAAGGCAUCGGUACGCUCAUUGCGGCGUUCAUGGGCGGGCCAGCUGGCUGGGACCUAGGAUUCCAGGUACAGAUGGCGUAUUUCCUCGUGUCGUUCUUCUCAGUCAUUUCCAUCUGGACGGUGGAGUCGGUGAGGAAACGGAAUGAGAAUGCUUGGAUAAGCUACACGAGCGUGUGGGCGUUGUUCUACCAGACAGUCGGAGGUGCGAUAAUUAUCCCACUCUACUAUAUCGCCUACUUCAACAAAUCCGUUCCCUCAACAUAUUGGAACACAUCUGGAAGACCAGUACCGCUUGGCUAUGCGAAAGCACUUCUACCAGCACUGGUGAUCGGAUAUCUAGUCCCAACGAUUGCGCUGUUCCUGCCAGAUUCGGACCCGGAGCAGAAAUUGCGGCAGUUCUUGGUCUUUUUGUGGCAGCCUUGCCCGCUGUACGUCAACGGGCUCCUUUCCUUACUCUCGAGAAUAUUCUCUUCUUCCAGUGACAACCCACGAGCUGUCGAGAAGAAAGGCACCACCACAACAAUUCAGGACGUGAAUUACCUCAACUCGCUCUACCUCGUGGCCUUCGCCGUAACGGCCGCCGCGCAUUUCGCGACGUUCUACAUCAUCCUCACAUCCACAGAUCCGCAGCACUCGUUCACUCACGUUUUCGUCAAGCCCUAUGAUUGGGGCCAGUCCGGGGUCACGAAGGGCCUGCACGCCGUAUUUCAAGCCGACUACUGGAUCAUCUUCCUCGCGUCGCUGCUUUGGGCUUACCUGGCGAUCUUUGAUUUGAAGCGUGGUCGCAAGACCAAUAUUUCACUGGUCACCGCCGCAGGGCUACUUGUUAUCGGUAGCAUUGUCGUUGGGCCUGCUGCGGUGCUUGCGGCUGUGUGGUAUUGGAGGGAGAAUGUCAUGGUGAAGCCUGAUUUGUACACGGGUUGA